AUGGCUACUUCCGACUCCCCAAAAAAAGCCAAGUCUUCCGCCGGAGCUGUCUGGCGUGAAAUGUCCGUCAAUGAUGUUGAGGGGCUGCUUCGGGUCGCCGACAAAGUCCAUCCUGAUCUGCCAGAAAGUGGCUCUGUCUUCGCGGAGCGUGCGAAACUCUUCCCGCGGGGCUGCAUGGUUCUGGUCGCUGGCAGCGAUAUUGUUGGUUAUACCAUCUCACACCCCAUCAACUAUCGCGAGCCUCCCAAGCUCGAUACUUUGCUGGAACAGAUAUCUCCCAGCGCGGACCAGCAUUAUAUUCAUGACCUCGCCAUACUGCCUGCUUUCCGUGAAAAUGGCCGCGCAGCUGAGUGUAUCCAAAAGCUCCUUGCAGUGGCCGAAUCCUUUCCAACAACGUGCCUCGUCUCCGUCUACGGCACCGCUCCCUUUUGGGGUCGUUUUGGCUUCAAGAGCGAUUCAAUCGAUGCGACUUUGACGGAGAAGCUUCGAGGUUAUGGAGACGAUGCUGAAUACCUUGAACGCAAAAAUGGGUUAUUAUGAGAGAAAUUGUACACAAAUCUAGUAGGAACUGUUUAGUAGCGUUUCAAGGGCUAGUAG